AUGAAUGUGUUGAAGUUGCAAAAAAAGUAUCCAGUUCUAGAUCAAUCGGAAUUGUUCGGAAUUAUCGAGGACUUCCGCAACAUUGAUAUCGAGGAGAAGGGCUGGGCUGAAAAAAAGGAUGUCAUCAAUGCUGUUUCGAAAAGGGGCAACUAUACCUAUGAUGAGGCUCGAGAGACAUUGAAAGAAGUGGAUGUCGAUGCUUCAGGACACGUUGAACUUGAAGAUUACGUGCAAUUGAUGGCAAAACUUAAGGAGGAAGCGUCUGGUGGUUUGAAACCCAAUGCUGCGCCGAUCCCUACGUCCCCAAGACCUUCCACAGGUGGAGAUGGAUUUGCUACUUCUCCUACUCCAAAGUCGCCCGCUGGUGCUGCCAAGAAGAAGUAUAUUGGGGGUAAAACUUCAGGAACAACCCACACGAUCAAUGAUGAAGAAAGAAUCGAAUUUACCAGACACAUUAAUUCGGUCUUAGCUGGCGAUCCCCAUAUUGGAGACAGACUUCCUUUCGACACAGAAACCUUUCAGGUGUUCGAUGAAUGUCGUGAUGGUCUUGUAUUGUCCAAGUUGAUCAAUGACUCCGUACCUGACACUAUUGACACCAGAGUGCUCAAUAUGCCUUCUGCCAAGAAGAAGGUUUUGAAUAACUUUCAAAUGUCGGAAAAUGCUAACAUUGUCAUUAACUCUGCCAAGGCUAUAGGAUGCGUGGUAGUCAAUGUACACACCGACGAUAUUAUUGACGGAAAAGAACAUUUGAUAUUGGGCUUAAUUUGGCAAAUUAUACGUCGUGGCCUUUUAUCCAAGGUUGAUAUUAAGCUUCACCCAGAAUUGUACCGAUUACUUGAAGAUGACGAAACAUUGGAGCAGUUCUUGAGACUUCCUCCAGAGCAAAUUUUGUUGAGAUGGUUCAACUACCACUUGAAGAACGCUGGUUCAGAAAGAAGAGUGGCCAACUUCUCCAAGGAUAUCAGUGACGGUGAGAACUAUACCGUCUUGCUUAACCAGUUGCAACCAGAACAUUGUGAUUUAUCGCCAUUGAAGACUUCUGACCUUUUGCAGCGAGCUGAAAAGGUUUUGCUGAAUGCCGACAAGAUAGGGUGCAGAAAAUACUUGACUCCAACCUCCUUAGUUGCUGGUAAUCCAAAGUUAAACUUGGCUUUCGUUGCUCACUUAUUCAAUACUUACCCUGGUUUAGAUCCUAUUGAGGAAAGCGAGAAGCCAGAAAUCGAAGACUUUGACGCAGAAGGAGAGAGAGAAGCUAGAGUGUUCACUCUCUGGUUGAACUCUUUAGAUGUCGACCCACCAGUUGUCUCUCUUUUCGAGGACUUGAGAGAUGGUUUAAUUCUUUUGCAAGCGUUCGACAAAGUAUUGCCGGGAAGUGUAUCAUUGAAACAUGCUAAUCAACGACCAGCUAGUGGAGCUCCAAUUUCCAGAUUCAAAGCUCUCGAGAACACCAAUUAUGCGGUCGAAGUCGGAAAGGCUAGCAACUUCUCCUUGGUGGGUAUUGAAGGUUCUGACAUUGUCGAUGCCAACAAAUUGCUUACCUUGGGUUUGGUGUGGCAGUUGAUGAGACGUAACAUCAUCAACACUUUGGCACUGCUUAGGUCAGGGGGCCACAAUGUUAGUGAUUCUGACAUUUUGAAGUGGGCCAACGAGAAGGUUCAAAAAGGAGGAAAAUCGUCUACUAUUCGCUCCUUCAAAGACUCUUCGGUCAGCAGCGGUGUCUAUUUGUUAAACGUGUUGAAUGGACUCAAGCCAGGAUAUGUUGACUACGACUUGGUUUAUCAAGGUAAUAACUUAAGCGACGACGAAAAGUACGCAAACGCCAAGUUGGCAAUCUCGAUUGCAAGAAAGUUAGGAGCUCUUAUUUGGUUGGUGCCAGAGGAUAUUAUCGAGUGCAGAGCAAGAUUGAUACUUUCGUUUGUCGGAAGUUUGAUGUGCAUCGACAGCUGA